GGUCAUUUGCUCAUCAUGCUGUCGUACCUGCUGGUCCUCGCAGUCCUAGUGACUGUGGAUGCUCAGAUAAUUAAAGGGGAACAGAAGGAUGAUUCCUGCGUGUGUAAAUUAAGCAGCUCUAUCUGGGGUUUUCCUACGGCGAAGUUUGAGGCAGCUCAAAACAAACUCCAGACCUGUGAGGAAAACCUUAUUGAGUUUCGUAAGAAGAUACAGGCAAGUAAUGUACAAAUGCCUAAGUUAGAGCUCAGUCUUAAGAACAUCAAAACCCGGCUGAAACCGUUCGAGUAUCUGGACACAAACGGCCUGUACAACGCUCUUCACCUGCAACAGCUGGUACAGGAACUUGACCAGAUGUAUUCUACUGCCAGUGAUAUUCAUAAGAAAACCUCCAACAAAGAGAUAGAAGGCCUUCUCAAGGAGUUGACUAAUGCAAAGAAGGAAGCCCAGGACAUGUACAAAGAUAAUUUCUUCAAUCUAGAGACAAUGAAAUCGAAGCUACUUGACCUCAACAACCGAGUGCAGACCUGUAAAACUAUACCUGAAGACUUCAGAAGCACUUGUCAUCAGCGUAUCAUGUCCAGCAUAAGUUCUCCAGUCGUUACCAAACUCAAUUCCAUGAGCAAGUCCUAUAUCUCAGGUGCUUGGGGUCGCGAUGCGAAGCAGGACAACAAGGAACGCUACUUUGAACACUGUCUGAUGAGCGGAAACCAGCUUGGCAUCACAAUCAGGAUCUACAACUCUUACGAAGAUUUCAUAGCCAGCAAGAACUACAAGGACGAAACGAUAGCACCAUCAUACGGUGACAAAAAUGCUGUUCAGGGCUCUGGGACAAUAUUUUACGACAACACUGUAUUUUACCAAUGCUACAACAGCAUUGAGAUCUGCAGCUUCAACAUUACCACAAAAGCAACCAAGCGUAUGAAACUGGACGGUGCUGAAAUCAACAAGUUCCCCUUCUGCUACUACAGCUGCCGUGAUUGGACAGACUUCGACCUGGAGGCUGAUCAGGACGCCGUGUGGGUGAUAUACGCCACCGAGGAGAACCACGGAAACAUUGUUUUGAGCCGUUUAGACCCGCUGGAGCUCAAUAUCACUCAUACCUGGAAGACGCGUCUCUUCAAGAGGUCCGUCACCAGCACAUUUAUGGUGUGCGGGGUCCUGUAUGCUACACGCUUUGUUAAUACUUACCGAGAAGAGGUGUUUUAUGCUUUUGAUACACUCACUGGUCAAGAGAUAAACACUCUUUCUUUGCCUUUUGAGAAGGUUGCUGCUGGAAUAGCCAAUCUGAACUACAAUCCUGUAGACAGGAGGCUUUACAUGUAUAAUGAUGGCUAUCUUUUAGCAUAUAACACCUUCAACUGAGGGUCUUUCAUACGCAGCUAAUACAAAAUAUGUAACCCAGAAGUCCAAAUUUCACAGCAUGCAUGGUUAAACUAAAGCUUUACGCUAUAUCAUCAUGUGAUUGUGAGACGUUUGAAGUGCUAAAAGUCAAAUGAACCAAUUUGUCUACUUUUGCCAUUACAAUAAAUGUGCUUAUUCUGCA